AUGGUAGAAAUCAUAAUACCUUAUAUAAACUCUGACCCAGUGCUCGAAGUUCAACCGAAUUUUGAGUCACCCGCCUUUGCAGCAUGCACUGCUGCCCUCAUAGCCUCUGGGUUAACAGCAGAAGCAGCCCUCACCCAGCUUGUCGAUGGCUGGACUCAAGAAUACCAGGAACGUGUCGUCCUCUGGCAACAGCAGAUUGACGAAGAUGUGCACCACCGCAAAACCAAGAAAAAGAAACUGAAGAUCAACGAUUUCAACGCUGACCUACCUGUUUCAGACGUCAUUAUCCUGCGUCCUUCUCAAUUUGUGCUUCAGAAAGUCAAGAACAUGGAAUUCGUCAAACUCUGGUACUUCAGCCCAGACAGCUGUUGUGAGGCUCGAGACUGGAACAAAUCCUCCACAGAUGACACUCUAGGUCUCGAAAAGAUUGAUGGCAUUGUCACCCUGAAGUCAUUUUCUUCCUUCAAAGCCUCUAACAAAGCCUUACAGGAUCAUGAUCUCUCCUGGAGGCAGUUCGACAUGGCCAAAACCAGCUUUCUCGUCCACAUUGAGAAAGCCAGUUGGCCUGACAAGCACCAGAUGACACUAGCACUAUUCUUCAUGCUCAUCACUAACCAUGAGCACAGGCUAUGCCUGCGGGGAGAGAAAAUUCUCCUCCACUAUGCAAGCAUGGACUGA